UGGUGGCGCUGGCAAUAAAGUUGGGCCAAAUUCUGAUACAUUUCAUUAUAUACCUUCGCGACAUACGACAUAUCUUCGCAUUCCGAGUUGGACGAUCUAUGUGUCGUUCAGUGUCGUUGAUCUGUUUGCACGUCUGACAAAGUAAUAAAUUUGCGAAAGAUUAUAAUAUGGCUACCGCACAAUUGAACAGAACCAGGAAUGUAAAGAAACUUGAAAAACCACGACCGCUUAAGCUUAAUCAACGUAACUCGACUGUUGAUGGGCGGAUCACGACUGUAGAGGAUAUAGUGUCCUUAAUCGACAAUGUUGCGAUGCAACUGACCAAUGGCUUCCAUGACCGAACGCUGCAAAUGAAUGUGAUCUCUAUGUGUAGUCAUCUGAAACUUUAUGCCAAUGAAUUAGAAGCUAUUUAUAAAGACCAGCUAGACCGAGCCUUUGUAGCGAUCAGAAAUGGGAGCCAGGACGAUAGAUUAGAUCUGACGACCAGGGUUCAUCUGUUGGAACUCAUUGAAUUGCGAGCAAAACAAUGGCGUCACACAGAUUCGAUGGAUGUGUAUUAUAUGCAAAAAUUGUCACAUCUAGACAAUCAGACUGAUGCAAUUCUCGAUACACCUACUAACUCUCUGUCGUCUUCUUUAUUGGCGAUAACUUCACCGACUUCGCCGCCAAUUUUGGGACCUGGUGAAGUGAUCAAGAAUAGUGGAAAAUUCACGAAACCUACGCGCAUACCAGGGAAAAAUUAUUGCAAAGACGAAGUCGUCAUUCGCAAUAGUGAUUCAGGAAAAGUGAUGGGAAUAAAAGGGCGUCGGGUUCACAUGAUAGAAGAGCUCAGCCAGACGAUCAUCUCCUUCCAGCGAGUAAACCCUGGAGCUAAAGAACGACUUGUCCAAAUCACAGGAACAUCCGAGGACAAGAUUCAUUACGCGAAGGAUUUAAUAAAAGAUACGAUACAACGAAAUGCAUCUCCAGUGAGACUGGAGCAGAGUUCUGGUGGCGAAAAGGGAGCCAUGGGCGGUUCCAGCUCCUCACUCAACAGUAGCGCUUCGGACGAAAGCAACCGACUGCAACAUAACUCUCGUUUACGUUCGUCUCUUCUGCACAGUUUCUCCACCAAUGAUGCUAGUAUAGGCGAAUACAAGUACACCGUUACCGUUGGUAACCAGUCGCUCAAAAUUACUGGCUGCAAUCUCGAUCUCGUUAGGACGGCGAAACUGGUAUUAGAUGAACACUUUUUGGGCGAUUCCGAGAACUUUACCAGCGGGAUAGAAUACUUCAACUACGAAGAUGAGCCCACCUUCUCUGUUUCCUCCAAUAUUCCCCGUUGUACACCAUUGUUGCCGUUAGACAACGUGAAUGCUUCUUCUGUAGGUCGAGAAUUAAGCCUGGACAGCGCUGCAACCUCUUCAGAAAGCGAAGAAACUUACAAGUCUCGUCCGAUCUCCGAAGAACAAUACUCCAAGAUUCAACAAGUUCCAGAAGCAAGAGAACUUACAUACGAGUUUCUGUUGCUUUGCGCGACAGGCCCGUAUGCGAAGCGGCCUCCUACCGAUUGGGCGCGCAUACAGAAGGAAUGCCCUAAUAUAGUUCGUAAGGCACCGAUUCGCUGGUUCGAACCGGAGGCGUAUAAAGCUAAAUUAGCAGCUGCUGGUUCUGUUGCUAUAUUGCCGAUUAAUGAAGCAGAAACUGAUCCCGAGUGAAGCUAAAAUUGUUUUUUCUUCGACAUCCUCCAUUUUAGUGAUAAAUUUUCAAAAAACGAGACGUAAUUGUGUCAAUCGAAACAAGAUUAUGGCGCUUUUAAUUCUUAUAUGCGUAUACGAUCUUGUAAAAACAAACUAUUUCUUUAAAGGAAUAUAUAUAU